GAAGAUGCCCUUAUUUCAUUAAACAUGUCUACAGUUCACACAAAAAACAUGUCUACAUUUCAAUAUAAAUACAAUCUUGAAAUGGAUUUGAACACUGUGUGUCGAAUAUGCGUUUCACAAUCGCGUGAACGUGUCUAUAACAUAUUUUCAAGUGCUAUUGUUGAUGGUUUUCUAGUAACUAUUCCUGAGAUUAUCUUAUAUUGUGUGGAUCUUAAGAUUGUUCAAAACGAUGGAAUACCUUGCAAAAUAUGCCACAUCUGCAGGGAAACAUUACUGAGUUUUUACAUUUUUAAACAAAGAUGCAAACGUACAGAAACGUUACUGCAACAAACAGUUGCAUCCAGUGAUAUUGGAAUCUGCAAACAAAUUAAUCUUGUGGAAUUAAAAAAUGAAGUGACAAAGUUCGAGUUUCCACAUAAAUUUGACGAAAGUUUAAUUGAGUAUUUAGAUGAGGCAAGCUACGAAGUAACCCUCGAUGAAGCUUCCGAAAUUAACCAGCAUCAGAUACACAAUGGAAUUGAGAGCUUAAAGAAUCACCUCGAAAACUAUAAAGAUGAAUCGCCUUCUUUAAGUGUAACUAAAGAAAAUUUGAAUGAAGAUGACAACAGCAUUGAAGCAACGACUUACUUGGACAUGGAAAAACUUGAUGCCACUGACGGUCGUGUAUUGAGCAAACAUAGUAAUGAAAAAGAGCAUAUCGAAAAAAUAUCUCCCGUGACUAACAAAGAACAUAGUGUAACGAUUUGCACUAUUUGUGGUAAAAAAAUAACUGGAAAAGCACGCUAUUUCCGACAUGUGAAAUUACAUGAGGCUAACGCCAAUGUAGCCGAGUUUUUUAUUUACCAUACCUGUGAGAUUUGCAACAUGGUAUUUCUGAAAUAUAAUCAACUUUGUGAUCACAUUCGUUCGAAUGAGCAUUCCGUGUCAUUAACCGUAGAUAACAAAAAACCAUUUAUCUGCAGUUUAUGCUCAGAACAACAUCAUAAGUUGGAUGAUAUGAAGCAACAUGUGCUGUCACAUUUAAAACAUUUUUCUUGUCCCUUCGAAGGUUGUGGGUGUGAGUAUGCUUCUUCAGCCCGUUUGGCGAAUCACAUUAAAAGUAAGCAUAUCGAGUAUGAAUCAUAUAUAUGUUGCCAUUGUGGUUUAGAAAAAUUUGAAUCUAUGGCUGAAUUACAGCAACAUCUUCGCAUAAACUGUACAGAGAAAAAGUUUCAUUGUUAUCAUUGUGACAAAAAAUUUUUAACAUCUAGAUCGCUAGCCCAACAUCUGAAAUGUUUGGAGAAACGACAUUGUUGCACCAAGUGUGGGAAACUCUUUGCACAGCCGGGAGAACUUACGCUACAUCUCCGAGUACAUAAUGGAGAUAGGCCAUUCCAGUGUACCGUUUGCGGUAAGAGCUAUCGAACUGCUUCUUUCAGAACUGCUCACAUGGAUUCUCAUAUAGAGGGCAAAACAUUUGAGUGUCAUUUGUGUGGUAAAAAAUUACAAUCCCGUACUUGCUAUCGUAAUCACGUGAGGCGUCAUUCAGAGGAAAAAAAAUAUGUAUGUGAUGUAUGUGAAAAGAAAUUUUACACAAAAUAUAAUGUGAAAGUACAUAAAGCAAAAGUUCAUAAGAUAAAUAUGAUUGCUAAUGCGCCCAAACUAUGAAAAACAUCCUUGUUUUAUCUAAAGAUAAUAAAUAAACUUGUGUUACACUAUCAUUUUCUAUUUCA